CUAUAUCUUGGGACCCUCAAGCAGAACAGAACCAAGUCCCGCGACCACAAAAACCUUAGUGCGCGUAUUGAGCGCCCACCUCGAGAAUCAUGGCGGACUCGCAGUUUACAACCGCAUCCACGAAGCCGCGCACCAGCAGCAUGUCGCAAGCAUCUGAGAGCUCCCAGACUGCAGCAGAAUUCAUCAAAGAGCAACUCAGCCUGGAGGCAGAAGCACGCGAGGCCCUUCCAUAUCAAUUCGAUACCUGCACACGCAACCUCGGUCCUAUUCGUCAGAGCCUGUACGCAUGCCUUACAUGCAGCCCACCGCCGGCCAGCGCUGCUCAAGUCCACACACCCGCAGGCGUCUGCUACUCUUGCUCAAUAUCCUGCCACGGCGAACAUACCCUCGUCGAGCUGUUCAAUAAACGCAACUUCGUCUGCGACUGUGGUACAACUCGUAUGCCCGAGAAUGCGCCGUGUACCUUGCGCCACAACUCGAAGACCGGACAGAAGGGAGUUGUGACGGGCGAAGAGGCUGCGAAAAGCAACCGAUACAAUCAAAACUUCAAGAACAGGUUUUGUGGUUGUGGCGAGGACUACGAUGCGCACCAAGAGAAAGGCACUAUGUUUCAAUGUCUGGGACUGGGGACUGUUGACGAAGGCGGCUGCGGCGAAGACUGGUGGCACCCAGAGUGCUUGGUGGGCUUCACUCGCGAGGAGUAUGCAAACUCAAUCGAGAAACCGGAAACCGGAGAUUCGAGCGGUACAAACACGAAUAAUGAGGCCAACGGGGAAGUCAAGAACGAAGAAGAGACCACGACAGCGACACCAAUACUCAAUGCGGCAGCACUUGAGAGCAACGGUGUGGAUGGAAACGAUGUGGUAGCUGAAGCUGAGCAGGUCGAGGAUGAGGAUUCACCACUUCCUCCGGGCUUUCCACCUGAGGACGACUUUGACCACUUCCUCUGCUACAAGUGCGUGGAGGCCAACCCUUGGAUCAAGAAGUACGCAGGCUCUCCUGGCUUCCUGCCACCGGUCUACACUGAAAAGGCUCUCAAUGCUGCUCUGCCCACAGAGACCAGCACGUCGGCCGAUGCUGCCACAACUGGCGAUUCCAGAAAGCGCAAAGCGUCCGAUGAGGACGAAGUUGAACACACCAACGCGUCGCUAUCUGUACCGGCUCCAACUAAGCGCCAAAAGUCAGGAGACCGCAGCGGUGCACUCUCCAGCAUCCUCGAAGACGCAACCACCUCGACCCUACCCAUCACGCCGAAGAAUGAGGACAUAACAACCUGCAAGCUAGCAUCUCUCCCUCCCCUCCCCACACCGGCCCUCGCCAAUUCCUUCUCUCUCUUCCUCAAACCCGACUUCCGCGACCACCUCUGCCGCUGCGUAACCCACUUUCCCCUCCUGAAACCACACCCGCAACUCCUGGAGGAAGAAGACACGUACGAGCCCCCAAUCUCCGAAGAUGGCGAGGAAGGCGCGCAGUCCGUCGGCACAGGCUCGAUUCUCGACCGCGGCGAAGCAGCGUUUAACAAUAUGGACCGCGUGCGCGCUAUCCAGGGCGCGAUGGCGUAUGCGCAGCUCAAGGACAAGGUGAGCGCGUUCUUGAAGCCGUUUGCGGAGAGCGGAAAGGCCGUGGGCGCGGAGGAUGUCAAGGCGUACUUCGAGAAGUUAAGAGGUGAUGACCAGGGAAUUCAGGAGGCUGCUGUUGGCGCGAAAGAGAGUAGGAAAGAUGGGGAAGGUGACGGUGGGGCAGAUGGAAGUCAUAGGAAAGAGCAAAGCGGGUACUGAGGGCGUUAUGAAAAGGGCGUUGAGGUGGGCAUGAUACCAGGUCUGGAUAAUGAGGAGACGAGGAAUGACCAAUUUGUAUAACACCAACCAGGUGAGCAUGGCCGUAGUGCACAUGGAAAUUAAG